CGCGUCGUCUGUGCAUGUGCCGCUUUUGACUUGGGAGAAGAGAGGAGGAGGCCUGGUUCUGGAGUUCUUCUGUUCGGUCAGGUGUCUUUGAUGUCUGUUUUCUUCUUGCCGCGACUCGCUAAUGAGUUGUUGACGUUAGUCAUAGUUCAGUCGAGCUUGCAAUAGCGGGCGCUUCAGUGAUUUCGCCAGCGCCCAGCGGCGUGAAGCAGCUAAACUCACUUGUUUGAAGUCCCAUGCAGGACUCCUGUCGAACGCCGCGUAGUGUUUUUUUUUCGCAGCAUAACGGUUUCGUCUGCCCUUCGCGAUUCGGCUUGCUGGCCAAGGUUCUGUGCUGCGCUUGUGGAUACGGAGCCGGUUGAUGAAGUGAGCUAUAGGUCUUGGUGGAGCUUGCCUUGAGCAAGCAGGUUUUAGAGCAUGGCAGCAUCCAAUCAGGAGAUCAAAUGCUCGCGAAUGGUGAAGCGCUCGCAGGGGAAAAGUCGCCUGGGCCCAGUCAACUACAAGGAUCGUGUGUUCGUCCUGACCAAAAACACCCUGGCCUAUCAUGAGGGCAAUUUAGCGAAACGUGGAUCCGAAAAGGGCCGCAUUGAAAUAAGCCGUGUCAAGGCCGUGGAGCACGUUGACGAAUCUGCUUUUGAGAGACCUUAUGCCUUUCAGGUCGUGCAUGACAAUCUUACACUAUACAUAAUUGCUGGAAGCAAAGAAGAGGUGGAUUCUUGGGUGGCCGUACUGCAAGAGCAAGUUCAGCACAACGGCGAUCUACUACAGUACUAUCACCCGGGCGUGUUCACCAGCAACAAGUGGACAUGCUGCCACCACAACAGCAGGCUGUCGCUGGGCUGCAAGGCCACGUUCGUCAACCGUCGGAAGCAGGAGGAGCAGCAGCGCGUGGCCAUGCAGCAGGACAACAUGAUGGCGGCGCCGGGCGGGGGCAUGGGCCCAGGUCCCUCCGUGCCACCGCCAGCGCGUCCCGGAGUCUCGGCCCCCGGCGUCCCGGGCGCCGCUGUUGGCGGCUACAGUCGCAGUCUUCCGCCAGUACCGAAUGCAGGACCGCCGGGCUCAGCCGGCCCUCCGGUCGCUGGUGGACCACACAUGAACGGUGUCGGGGGACACCAGCCGCAGCUGCCGUUCCAGGCAUCUAACACCUUACCUCAGCCGCCGCAGCAAGCCGCUGCGCAGGCAUCCGGCCGUCAGCCAUUCGACGUCAUCGCAGUGUAUGACUAUACAUCUCCACAGCAAGGAGAUCUCCCUAUGAAGAAGGGACAACGCUUGACUGUAUUUGAUGAUAGCCGGGAGCACUGGUGGCACGCGCAGAAUGCACACGGUGAUGUCGGCUUCAUCCCGGCCAACUAUGUCCGCCGGAUAGGAAUUGAGAGUGAAGAAUGGUUUCACUCGGACAUCACCCGGCAAAGAGCGGAGGCAUUGCUUCGAGCUGAGAGUAAGGAAGGUACAUUCCUGGUUCGCAAUUCAAGUAGGGGCGGCAUGUAUACCUUGUCUGUCUCGCAUGCUGAUGUGGUCCGCCAUUACCACAUUCGACAAGACGACGACAGAAAAUACUACAUCUCUGAUCGCCAUCGGUUCGAGACCAUCCCCGAGCUCAUCGAGUACCAUCAGCUGAACGGUGGAGGUCUUGUAACGAGAUUGCGUAACCCACCUCGUCUAAUGAAACCGCAGGAGCCGCCAACCAGAGACAAGUGGGAAAUCGACCCUGCAGACCUGAGCUUUGGACGAGAACUGGGCAGCGGUCAGUUUGGUGUUGUCAUGGCAGGCAAGUACAAGGGAACAAUUGAAGUGGCCAUCAAGAUGAUGAAGGAAGGCACGAUGGCGGAAGAAGAUUUCAUCGACGAAGCUAAGGUCAUGAAGAAUUUCCAGCAUCCCAACCUGGUGCAGCUCUACGGCGUGGUCACAGUGCAGAGACCUAUCUUUAUCGUCACCGAGCUCAUGUGUAAUGGUUGCUUGCUGACGUACAUCCGCAAUCAUCCCGAGCUUCAGGAUCGGCCCGAUGUCCUGAUCGACAUGACGCUGCAGAUCUGUGGCGCCAUGAAGUUCUUGGAGACCAGCAAGUUUAUUCACCGGGACUUGGCUGCUCGUAAUUGUCUGAUCGGUGAAAGAUACCAGGUGAAAGUGGGUGACUUUGGACUGGCAAGAUACGUACUGGACGACGAGUACACGGCAUCCGAAGGCACCAAGUUCCCAAUCAAGUGGGCAGCGCCGGAGGUGAUCAGCUUCGCCAAGUUCAGCAGCAAGUCGGACGUUUGGUCUUUCGGCGUGCUGGUAUGGGAGCUAUUCAGUUCGGGCAAGCAGCCUUAUCCGACGUUCAGCAAUUCACAGGUUCUUGAUGAAGUACUGCGCGGUUAUCGACUGGAGCGUCCACAGCGGUGUCCCCCGGAGGUGUACGAAAUUGUCAGCACCACAUGGCACAAGGACUUGGAAGAGCGGCCCUCCUUCGAUGCGCUCUACGGCCAACUGCAGCUGCUGGGAGAUGACUACAUGGAUGCCAAUUCGUGAGAGGCAGGCGAGUCGGCACCGACAGCCAGGAACGCAUGACACGUUGUUGUUUCUUUCACCGAUCAACGACGUCCUGUUUUCGACCUUCCCAGCUCUGCCGCCGUCACCCAGCGCCAAAUUAGAAUUCACCCCCUUGUCCAAAGUGGCUUGAUGUGUCGUCCACCUCCCCGAUAUUACUCCCCUCUGUCAUAUUUAUCCUCAAAACGACGAGAGAUCCUGUGCGCACGCGCGUGUUUUGCUCGAAGGCUCCGCCGUCAGCGUGGGCACUGCUGCACCGGACGACGCACUUCACUGUUAACGGAUCCCCCUCUCGACAGUGUGCGUGCGUGCGUAUGCGGUGUGUGUGUGUGUACACAUGUGUGUGAUACCAUGACAUAUAACGCAGCCAAGGGACACAGGAGAGGUGUCGCCGGUAAUGUCGUCUUUGAUCGCGAGUAGCAACUAACUUUGACUAACAGUGGACGCGCUCUCUUACUUUGCACACUUCACAUCAUGACUGUCGAGACUGCCAGUGUGUGUUUGCGCAUUUUGAUGUACAUGUACAAUGUAGGAUUUCUGUUGACAUCAGGAGAUACCUUCCAGUUUGUUUAUGCCAGCACUCCCCUAGUUCAUGUAAAUAUAUCCUAAAAAGGAGUGCAUAUCGGAGUCCGGGUUUAUUUCGAUUAGGUCUUUUGCUUCCUUGUUCAGUCUUUUUCUUUAAAAAAAAAAAUGUUAGGCAUCAGCCGAUUUGGACAAUGUACAUGAGGAGCCAAAGUGUUUAGACUUGCAACCUUUCGUCAUACUUAACAAUAUCGUGCGUAUGUACGCCUCUCUCUCUUUCUCUGCGUGUGCGUGUAUGUGUGUGCGCGCGUCCGUGCUUUCAAAUUAUAAUCAGUUCAACUGGCAGACAUGUUUUAUUUUCCGAACUGAUGAUCGCUAGUAUUUUCUUAAAACGGUAUUGAUCUUUCCUGCUCGUUUAUUGUACUUUUGAAGGGGCUAAAAUAGCCAAAGCCGAA